CAAAAGUGGGCUUGGACCGCGGGAUAGGCCCGUUUAGACCUGUAGCGGGGCGGGUUUGGGCCUAGGAGUUGGUAUCCCGCAGUGUCGCGGGCCUCGCGGGAGAAGACCUGUGCGGGAUGGGCCUUUCGCGGGAUGGGCCGAAGGAGACCGCGGGUUAACCUACAGUCCCGCAGCUUCUGGUCUUUUCAUUUCAUCGCAACCUGAAAAAAAAAAAGAGAGCGUUAGUGAGAGAGAUAGAGACAGAGAGACGAGUCGCCACCGAAAUGAAGCUCCAGCGACGGUGAUAAGCUCCAACGACGGCGAUACAGACCAAACAUGCAUGUUCCGGAGAGAAGUCCUUUUACGAAGCUCUCGAUUCUUGAAGUCUCGAUGAGCUCCCUUUGCCACCGUAAACCAAGAAGCAUCUCCGGCGAUGGCUUCUUCAGAGACGGUGACCGCAUGCAUGUCGGAGGUUGUUCUCUGCUUCGAUCCACCACUGGAGCUUCAUUUCGUCUUAUAGAUCCAACGCCUUAGCUUUGUUUGUUGUGAAAAGAAUAUAUGAUUGUAAACAAGUAGGCGGAUGGUGGUGGUGGUUCAAGCUGAUGUAGGCUCAAAACGAUAUAGAAGGUGUUCACUUGAUGUAUGUUUUGGUCGUACACCAACUUGUUCCCCCACCACCACCUGCCUCCUUGUUUAGUGAAGAAGAAAUCAACACCGUUACACCGAGGUGCAAAGAUUCUUGAGCGAUCUGAAACUUUAAGCUUCUUGUCAGGUGUUACCAAUCUGAAACUUUAAGCUUCUUGAGCGAUAUAAUUGGUUGAUGCUUAUUUGACGUCAUUUGUUUUGUAGGUGAACAAGGAAGGAGAACACAUACAUCGAUAUUUGAUGCCAUCACAAGGAAGGAGACUGGUUCAUCUUCUGCUCCUCUUGAUUGACAAGUGGACAAGGAAGCAGAUGGUAAUCACUGUGAAAGCAGGGGUAGGCUCAAAACGAUAUAAGCAUGUUAUGGAGCUGACUUGAUGUAUGUUUUGAGCGCACCCCUGCUUGACCAGUGAUUACCAGCCACCUCCUACUGUGUUUGAUUUGUCAAGCUGAUGUAGUGUUGGCAUCACAAGGAAGGAGGCUGUUCCAUCUUCUGCUCCUCUUCACAGAACAAGUGUACAAAGGAGCAUUUUGACUCGUCAUGAAGCAGUCAUGGAGCAGCUAGCAGCAUCAAGAACCAAAAGAGUGCAUUUUGCUUAAGUCCCGCGGGCUGGCCCGCAAGAGACUGUGCAUUCGGCGGUACGGGUUUGGGACGACCAAUCGGAGACCGCAGCCCGCGCGGGCCUGAACCGCAAUGACCCGCAACAAGUGAGCCCGCGGCGGGACGGGACGGGACGGGACGGGACAACCUGUUUGACAAUGCUAGUCUACCAUAACACGUGUUCAGUAAUGGAGGACGAAAUGCGUGAUAUGAAAGCACACAAAGACUACUACAACAUGCUUUAUGCCGUUUCAGAUGCGCAACAGGGAAUUCCACAAAUGUGCCCCUGUGGAUCUAUCACGAAGGAGUUCGUCGACGAAGAGGAUACGUAUGAUUACCUCCCCGGGAAAAGAUACUUCAUCUGCAAGGACUACGAGAAUGAUGGGUUGCAUUUCAUGCAACCAUGGGUUAUGGGUAUCCAACAGGAGGUUGAGAGGCUGAAACAACGUGUUUACGAGCAGGAGAAGCUUGUGAGAGAGUGCACCGCACUUAAGGAGCAGGUGAGGAGGCUGCUUAUGCGUGUCUCGGAACUUGAGAGAGACAGAGACACAGUCCCCUGAGGUGAAGUACAAGAAGCAUGUGCCUGAUGAAGACAAAAGCUCCUGUCUUCCAUGUGAACCAAGUCACGGACUCUCUUUAUCUCUUUUUCCUUGUCAUCUCUGUCUUACAAGUACUUUAAGUCACGGAUUUGUAAUGUAGUUGAAGUCACGGGUACCUUGUCAUCUUGUUAUCUCUUUUUCUUUAUAAGUGUGUUUGUAGAACUCGGAAUGAGCUAUUUCCUUUGCUCUCUUGUAUUCAGAACAAUCUCUCCCUCUGUUUUAUUAAUUAACUCUUAUUCUACAAUCUCUACUUGUACAAGCUCUAUUUCUGCAAACAGGUUCUUCAUUUUGUAUAUAUUCAGACAAAAAUAGUUAACACUCUUUCUAUAUUCUUCAUUUUAAGAAAAAAAAAACCAUUGACUUGUAUAAAGAUGAUGAUUACGCUUGCAAGACUAUGAUUAAAAUUGACUUGUAUAAAUUUUUAAAUAAAGACAAAGAUUACGCUUGCAAGACUAUGAUUAAAAUUGACUUGUAUAAAAUUUUUUAUAGGCAAAUAUGACAGAUGGAGUCGAUCAAAGAUUGGAUGCGGCUAUCGAUGACGCUUUAGAAUCAUGUUUUGAAGAUACUUACAACAGCAUCGUCGAGAAUCAAACAAAUACACAAAGGAAACGUGCAUAUAUCGAACGAAACCGCGAAGCAGGCCACGACCGUCUAUGGAAUGACUACUUCAGUGAACAUCCAAUAUUUGAGUCUCAUUUAUUCAGACGCCGUUUCCGCAUGAACAAGCCACUAUUCUUAAGUAUUGUCGAUCGCCUCUCACAAAAUAUUCCAUUCUUUCAACAAAGAAGAGAUGCAGUCGGAAGGUUAGGUCUAACUGCACUACAAAAGUGUACGGCAGCUAUUCGUAUGCUUGCUUAUGGCUGUGCGGCUGACGCCGUUGACGAAUAUCUCCGACUUGGUGAAAGCACAGCACUUUCGUGUUUAACCCAUUUCACAGCAGGCGUAAUACAGUUAUUUGGAGAUGAGUACCUACGAAGACCCACUCCUGACGAUCUUCAACGACUACUCGAUAUUGGAGAGAUACGCGGCUUUCCUGGAAUGAUAGGAAGCAUCGACUGUAUGCAUUGGGAGUGGAAGAAUUGCCCAAAAGGUUGGAAAGGAUUGUACACACGUGGAUCAGGAAAGCCGACUCUAGUCUUGGAGGCUGUAGCUUCACAAGAUCUUUGGAUAUGGCACGCUUUUUUCGGGCUUCCAGGUGUCUUAAACGAUAUUAACGUCCUCGAUCGGUCACCUGUUUUUGAUGACAUUUACUAUGGUCGAGCUCCAAGGGUAAAGUACGUGGUGAACGGACACCAGUAUGAUUUGGCGUACUACCUCACCGACGGUAUAUAUCCAAAAUGGUCAACAUUUAUCCAAUCUAUCUCACACCCUCAAGGUCCCAAAGCAGAGUUAUUUGCUGAAUAUCAAGAAUCAACCCGAAAAGAUGUGGAACGUGCUUUUGGAGUAUUGCAAGCUCGAUUUGCGAUAGUCAAAAACCCGGCUCUUUUGUGGGACAAGGAACAAAUUGGGAUGGUUAUGCGAGCAUGUGUCAUACUGCACAAUAUGAUUGUCGAAGAUGAACGUAAAGAUCACACUCAGUUUGAUACAACAGAGUUUGACGAAGGAGAGUCAAGCAGAUGUUCACACGUGGAUAUCUCUACCAACAUGCCUUCACAUUUUGGUAAUAUGCUUGGCAUACGGGAUCAAGUCAAGGAUAGACAUAUACACGACCAGUUGAAAAAUGAUUUAAUCGAAAAUAUUUGGAACAAGUUUAGUAAUUGAUUAUGCUGUAUAAUUAAUGUAUGUUUAAAUUUAAUCAUUCAAUAAAAAAAAAUUUCAAUUUCAA